AGAGGCAGAAGAACUCCAGUAAAAAGGUUUUUUUCUAUAAAAGUGAGGACUCUAUAGAGUGGUAUAUCUGCUUUUGGUGGAUUUUAUUUUACAGACAGAUGCCAUUGGCACAUACUUGUGUUUCACUUAUCUCUCAGAAAGAGGAAACACCUCCUUCUCAACACAUGUGAGGAGUGUUUCUGGCUGGUCCUCCUCCAAAGGAUGGCAGGGAGUGGAUCAUAGUGGAGGGCUGCUCCCUGUGAAGCAGUUUAUGUCACUGAGUGACCAACAGCCUCUCACUGCUCCAUCCAAAUGAUCUACGUGUUGGCUGACACACCAGGUCAACAUUGGAUCUAAGUUCUUUAUUUUUCCAUUGGAAUCUUGUGUUCAAGUUGAGCAGACAGCUUCCAUCCAGGACCAAGGUGUUGGAGUUCAGUGUGUAACAGGAAGUCCUGAUGAAGAUUUGAAGCCUCUGUGAAGCAGGAUGGAGCCCAUUAAGAAAGACAUGGAGCUGCUCAGCAACAGCAUGGCCACCUACGCUCACAUCAAAGCCAAUCCGGAGAGCUUCGCCCUGUACUUCAUGAUGGGCGUGUGUCUGGGCCUCCUCAUGGCGCUGUGCCUCCUGGUGUCCGCCAUCGCCUGCAGGACCCGUCGCCACCGCAGGGCUCCCCCCUCCCCAGAGAGGAGGAUGCUGAAGGACUCCAGCGCGGAGGAAGAUGAGGACGAGGAGGAUGAGGAGGGGGGCCUUGAUGAGGAAGAUGAGGAGGCGACGCAGAUCCCUAAAGUGACCCUGGGUGACGGCAGCUCUAACGGGACUCUGAGGAGCGUCAACGUGUUUGCGUCCGCCGAGGAGCUGGAGAAGGCGCGCCGUCUGGAGGAGAGGGAGCGAAUCGUCAGGGAGAUCUGGAGGAACGGACAGCCGGACAUCCUGGUCACGGGGACGGGGACCAUCGGACGGGUGCACUACCACUAACACACACUUUGACUGUGAUAUGCUCCCUGACUGCAGAAGGCAGAAGAGACUUUUGGAUCUGUGUGGUGGGCCAUGUUCAAAAUGAAAAUAAGAGACUGUGUAAAAUGGUAGGGGUGGUGAACCUUAUAUUUUCCCUCCGCAGGGUCAUUAUUGGUGGAACACUCCUAUUCAUUGACAACAAAUUGAUAUCUUGUCGCAAGAGUCAAUAUUUUGAACUGAACUUCUAAUGUGAACCACAAAUGUAAAUAUUGAUAAAACGUACUAAGAUACAGAGACAGGACUAUUGUAUUCUGCUUAAGUGAAACAAUUUCAAGUUACAUUACAACUACAAGUUAAAAAAUAAAAAAGGACAACAACAAUAAAAGAAAAAAUGAAAUAAUCAUAUGAAUAAAUAAAGUAAAUAAAUGCACUAAAGUCAUGAUGUCAUUCAAAAUACAAUACUUUAUUUAAAUGUAAUUUCAUCUAUGGCCUUUUUGAAAAAAUAAGGACUUUUCUUUAAUUAAAAAACUGCUGGAAUAAAAUAACAAUUCCAAUCAAUUGAUUUAUCAAAUAAGGUGAUAUAAUGUUGAGCUGAGUUUCAUCGCAAAAGCUGAAUUACUUCACUAUUUUAAAAAGGGUUAUAUAUUGUCUCUUUUUAUUCACGUGAUUAUUAUAAGUCUCAUUCUGUAAUUUAAUAUUGAAAACAUAUUUUCUCAAUAUAUUUUGUAUUAUAUCGCCUGUGACAACAGAUUUAGUUUGCAGCAUAUUUGGCUUCAUCUGUAUUCUACCAUGUCUUUGCAAUGUGAAUAAUUAAAAGUUGAACCACUUUUACAAUCAACAAAAGCACAUAUAUGUAUCAAUAGAUGUAGCAAUGUCCAUCUGUGAUUAUUUGAAAGUCAAUCAUACAUUCAAUUUCUUUCUGGCAAUUGUAAGAAAAAGUAAACACUCAAGAUUA